ACACGGUCGUUCGCCAUGGCGCGGGUACUAGCUAUCGCUGCUCUCUCCUCCGUGGCUUCAGCCGCUGGCGUUGAGCUCCCUACAUGCUCCUCGAUGGCACUAUCCUCCUCAUUGUCAUCUCCCCCGAUGGCCUUCGCCGGGUUCUCUCCAGCCUUGGUCGGAGGGAAGGGUUCUACCCGCAGCUCCAGCUGUAAGAUGAGUAUGGAGACCACGAGCAGGAGGAAUGUGCUGCUGGCUGCUGCUGUCACCACCGGCAGCUUCUUGUUGCACGCAGAUCCUGCUGCGGCCAAGAAGGCAAGGAGCACCUUGGUGGCUCCUGAUGGAACUGUAGAGACAAUUGAGGAGAGGAAGGCAAGGAUAGCGAAAGAGCGCGAGGAGAUGGAGAAGAGGAGGCAAGAGCUCGACCAGAAGGCAAAGGCUUUCGAGGAGGAGAAUGGCCCUGUGCAAGUGGAGAUGGGAUCUAACCUUCGUGGUGAUUACUAUUUUCCAACAGCUCGCAAGCGCUACCUUCCGAGGGUGAAGGGAGCUUAUGACGGCCUCCAGGAGACCAUUCAAACCAUCCAGGAGGCAUCCCCCGAUUGGAAGACGGUGGAGCAGUUCGCCAAGGGCCCAGCUGACGUGACAGGAGCGAUGAAGCUCUAUGUCUCAGCGCUGGGAGGAGGCGGUCUCUCCAUCCAGUCCAAGUUCAUGGAGGCGAUGGGGAAGGCGGCUGACGAGUACGACCGUGACUACAAGGACUUCAAGCAGGCAGUCAGCAAGAAGGACUCGUCCAAGGCAGUCAGCAUCGCCAAGUCCAUGCAGAGCGCACUGCUGGCCUACAGGUCUGCCGGCAAGCCCGCAGGUCUUGAUUCCGAUGACUGGGGUGUUGGAGCGAUCCC